GCAUGCAAGUGGCAGAGAAGAGGUCAUAAUCUCCAAGAAUAAAUAGGCAUGCAAAGAGAAAGCAAAAUUCAUAAAGAAGAAGAAGAAGAAGAAGAACGAAAUGGGUGGCAGUGAAAGCAAAACCACGGAUUCUAAUGCGGUGGGUGAUCAUCUUGAAGAAGAUAAAACGAAGGUGGCCAAGCCCGGAAGCAUUGCAACAAACUGGAGAGAACUUAGUGGCGAACAUAAUUGGAAGGAUUUGCUAGACCCACUUGAUAUUGAUCUUCGUAGGUACAUAAUACACUAUGGAGAAAUGGCUCAAGCCACAUAUGAUGCUUUUAACGACGAUGAACAAUCCAAGUACGUUGGAAGGAGCCGUUAUGGGAAAAGAGAAUUCUUUUCCAAGGUUGGUUUGGAAAAAGGAAAUCCUUUCAAGUACGAGGUGACAAAAUUCCUGUAUGCAACCUCAGAAAAGGAUUUUCUUAUAUUAGAGGAUGUUGAAGAAUCAAACUGGAUAGGGUACGUAGCUGUGGCCACCGAUGAAGGCAAAGCCAUUUUAGGGAGGAGAGACAUUGCAAUUGCUUGGAGAGGAACUCAGCAGAUGGUGGAAUGGGCUAAAGAUUUUGAGUUCAUAUUGGAUGAUGCUCCAAUCGUUUUUGGUCCUAAUAAAUCUGAUAUUAAAGUACACAGAGGCUUUUACUCUAUCUACACAGCGACCCACUCAAAGUCAAUCUUCAACAAAACUAGCGCAAGAACUCAGGUUUUGACUGAAAUUCGAAGGCUUGUGGAUAAAUUUAAAGGUGAAGAAGUCAGCAUAACAGUAAGCGGCCACAGCUUAGGUGCAGCAAUUGCAACAUUAAAUGCAGUUGACAUAGUCGCUAAUGGCAUUAACAUUCGAAAAGACGAAUCUGAUAAAGCUUGUCCGGUCACAGCAUUUGUAUUUGCAAGCCCUAGAGUUGGAGAUCCAGAUUUUCGAAAGUUCUUCUCUAGUCAAAAAGAUCUUCGCAUCUUACGUAUUACUAAUAAAAAUGAUAUUGUUCCAAGGCAUCCAUUCUUGGGUUAUGCAGAUGUUGGAGAAGAGUUAGAGAUUGAUACUCAAAAAUCAAGCUUCUUAAAACAACCAGGGGAUGUGAAGAGUUGGCAUAAUCUGGAGGUUUAUUUGCAUGGAGUUGCAGGAACACAAGGGAGCAAAGGAGGAUUUAACUUAGAGGUUAAAAGGGACAUAGCACUUGUGAACAAAGGCAUGGGUGCUUUGAAGGAAGACUAUCAGAUUCCUGAGGCUUGGAGGGUGGAUGCAAACAAAGGCUUGGUUCAACAACGUGACGGUUCUUGGAUCAUGCCAGAUCCUGAACCUGAAGUUGAUGUUUCCAUUAAUGAGGUUUAAUUCUGUGUGUGUCUAAGACAGUAGGGUCAUUGUUGUACUGUCUCCUAGUUGUUUCAAGUUUGGGUGUCUAAGAUAGUUGAUAUUACAUUGUUGGAUUUCAGCUUGUGUAGCUAAGUUAGGGUUAAAUUGUUUGUCCAAACUUGAUUACAUGAAGAAUUGUGUUUGCUGUAAUGUAAUUUAUAUUUAUGUGCUAUGUGAUUUUGACUUAA